CGGCUGACAAUGCCACCUAAGAACGUGUCGGCUUGGCGGCUCAACAAUGCCGAGAAGGCGGAAGUCCAAAGGCGGGUGAGCUUGGGAGAAGAUGAACACGCCGUCAAAAAGGAGCUUCAAGAAAAGAAGGCCCAGGCCAACGACGACCGGAAGCGAGCGGCUGGUGCCAUUGCUGAUGCUGCGGCGCCUAAGCCGGCAGCGAAGCGUGCCAAGACUACGACUGCAGGCGGCGACCCAGUCUCUCCACCGCUUCCGGGCGACCACAGCGAUCCAACGAACAGCGCUUACUACAAGGAAUUUCCUGGCAUGGAGUCGGCAAGCCCAUUGCCAUUGACAAAUGACGCCGGAACUGGGGUGCAGGAGCCGUUCGACAAGUCAAAAGGUGAGGCAGCGCUUUUGACCCGCGAGGUCUACCGCUGCUCAAUCCCUGUGUGGUGGCUCAGCCUGCUGAGCUCUCCCACGCCAGGUGUUCCUUUAAGCAGAAAGAGAACCAAUGACAUGGCCGAAUUUUACUAUCCAGACGGGAAGCCAUCCUUCAUGACAAGUCAGACUGUGGAGGUCCAAUUUACAAACCCGGGGCUGUCAGCGACGCCAAGCAGUCUCCAGAUGGUGAGCCCUGAGGAGAUUGUGCAUGCGCUGCUCGCUGGCUGCAGGUCUGACCAGUGGGCUGUCCACAAAGACACUUGGCAAUCAGUGCUGCUGAGUGUGCCGUGCAGCUUCCUGGUGAUGCCGCAGUCAGUUCUGAGAGUGGCGGCGUUCAACCGGAGACAGGCUGUGUUACAGCAGCACGAAUCCAUGGCCCGAACCGGUAUGCAAACCACGAUUGAGGUGACUCAUCUGCGGUCCAUGCUCGAAGCUGCGAACCCAGCGGCUCAGAAAAUGAACCACGCCCAGGUGGCAAGCGAACUUACUGCAAUGGGCUUGAAAUCCGUUGUUGCCGGCCGAAAGGCAUCGGCAGAUGAUGAUGACAGCGGGUCGGUGACAGGCAACCUCAUUGCCAAUUGCCAGGCAGUCUCAAAGUCAGUGCUUGUCUCGUCAAGAUGCGUGGAACUCCUGAUGGCGUUUGAGCAAGACUGGGGGACUCGCUCCCCGUUCCACAAGCUCGCAUCUUUGGCAGCGCUGGCCAAGAAGCCGUCCAGCGCCUUCUUUCGUGAGUGGGCCUUGGAAUCUCUAUACGACGCCGUCGCCAACAGACUCAUCCACGUGACAGACGUCUCAAAAGGGAGUCUUCUGGGUGACAAGCACCAUUGUGGCCUACUGCCUCCGUAUGAGACUAAGUGGAAGGUUCUGACCCACUUCUUUGACGAGCUGCUGCCGAAGAGUGGCAUGCAGUCGGAUGACCGAGCGCUCCUGAAGGAAAAGCUCAGUGACCACAAGUCAUUUAGAGAGUCGUCAGGGGACGGCGAUGUCACCUGGAUGAGCAGACUCAAGAAGAGCGGCCUGGGCGCCUUUGAGUUGAUGCAGGACCUUGUCUAUGACAAGAAGUAUGACAAUCAGAUGCGAAUGGCCGCCAAGCAAGGCGGCUCUCCUGAACAGGUCAUGGAGUUCAGUGACGUCGCUGAUGCCUGGGCGGCGGUGAAAGCCCAACUUGCCAAUGAAGAAAUUGAGAGAAAAGCCGCAGAGAAACUCGAGGGUGCCGGCGGGGACGAGAACGACAAUGAAGACGCAGAGUGUGUGGAGUCAAUGAGGAAGGCACCCAACAAUUUUCCAAUGAAUUCAGGCCCAUACUGGCGCGCCGUGGCAAAUCAGACCCUGCGGACUUACAUCACUUUGGCGGUCGAGCCAAAGACUCAGGACAUGGUCACGACAGCUGUGGAAACCUGCCCGCUGAAGGACUUGAAAGCCGGCCCGGUGUUCACUCACCUUGACUUGGGCUUGCUUGGGGAAUCGAUGGGGCCUGACCAACAGCCGCGCUUGAGAAAGCGCUUCAACCCGGACGACAACCUGCUCAGAAAACUGAUUCAUGGAGCCAUGGCGGGCAGGGGCGGGCAGAAGAACUCUGCAGGCGAAUGCACGGUUCCAGCUGAAUCCGAA